UGUUCACUGUAAAGCUUGGGACCAAGUUUGAUCAUUGUUAAAUUUGAGAGCGGGGCUAAUUGUGAAUGUCAGGAUGCCUUGACCUAUCUGGACCAGGUUAAAGUACAGUUUCACGACCAACCCGAUGUGUAUAACCGCUUUCUUGAUAUUAUGAAAGAUUUCAAGAGCCAAGCCAUCGAUACUCCCGGGGUUAUUAACCGCGUCUCGGAGCUCUUUGCUGGCCAUCCCAAUCUGAUCCAAGGCUUCAACACCUUCCUGCCACCUGGCUACCGAAUCGAAUGCGGCGCUGGCAAUGAUCCGAACACCAUCAGAGUUACAACGCCAAUGGGCACCACCGUUCAAUCCAUCGCGGGUAGAGGCACGCAAGUCGAGGCCCACGCGCAUCCCGGUGGUGCUUCGCAGCCUCUCUUCCCCCAGCGCGGAAAUAACUGGCAGCAACAACAGCAGCCGCCACCUCCUCAGCAGCCCCAGCAUAGCAUCGAAAGCCCCGAAGCCAACUUUAGCACGCCUGUGCAGAAUGGCCCCGGGUCAUUCGGACCCGCUGCUCAGAAUCUAGCUGCGGCUUUCGAAGCUCAAGGGGCGGCCCAGCAACGUGGUCCCCCUCUGCAGGGUGUAGCUCAUGCGAACAAUGGGCAGCAGCCGCCUCGCAACGCGCAUACGCCAACUCCGGUUACGGGACCCGCAAAUGUCAACGGUACUGCCAACCAGCAGCAGCAAGCAAAUAUGGAACGCCGUGGUCCUGUUGAAUUCAACCAUGCAAUUAGUUACGUGAACAAAAUCAAGAACCGCUUUCAGGAUAAGCCUGAGAUUUAUAAACAAUUCCUUGAAAUUCUCCAGACUUAUCAGCGAGAACAAAAGCCCAUACAGGACGUCUACGCCCAGGUUACAACUCUGUUCCACACAGCACCCGAUUUACUUGAAGAUUUUAAGCAGUUCUUGCCUGAAUCCGCUGGACAAGGGAAGGGCACGCCUGGACGACCAAAUGAUGAGCUUCCUCCUGGCCCUGGCCCGAAUCAGACCCCUCAGCCUAGCAUGAGCGGUCAGAAGAUGCCCCCUCUUGGCAGCUUUGCACCCCCCAGUGCCUCCAAAGAGAACAGCAAGAAGCGACCUCGGACGGACAAGCAAACACCCAUUCCUGUCCCAGCUGUUGUCGAGACCGUCCCUCCCGUUAACAGAGCUGCUCCUGGUGCGCCGCCCCCUGCUGGCGCGAAUAACAAGCGAACGAAGUUGGCGCAUAACAAAGCACUUACCUCUGAUGCUUCUGCGGUUGAGCCAACUUUAACACCGAUUCUGCCGGAGCCUCUGGGGCCUCCAACUUCUUCUACGACAAACUCAGAUGAGAUCGCAUUCUUCGAGAAGGUCAAGAAGUAUCUCAGCAAUAAGACCGCAUUCAAUGAAUUUCUCAAAGUCUGCAAUCUGUUCAGCCAGUCGAUCAUUGACCGGAACACGGUCUUCCACAAGGGCAGUGUUUUCUUCGCCGCCAAUCCUGAACUUAUGGGCUUCUGGAAGGCGUUCCUCAAAUACGAACCUCACGAGGACGUUGUCGAUAAUCGACCUGCUCCGCCUAGCGGUAAAGUGUCCCUGAGCAACUGCCGAGGCUAUGGCCCUAGCUACCGUUUGCUACCAAAGAGGGUACGUCUGACCUAUUUCUACUGCCCUUCACCUCUAACUAUCUCUCAGGAACGCCUCAAGCCUUGCAGCGGUCGUGAUGAGUUGUGCAACUCUGUUCUGAACGACGACUGGGCCUCGCAUCCGACUUGGGCCUCAGAAGACUCUGGCUUUGUCGCCCAUCGUAAGAAUGGAUUUGAGGAAGGUUUGCACCGCAUCGAAGAAGAACGCCACGAUUACGACUUCAAUAUUGAGGCGAACCUUAAGUGCAUCCAGCUCUUGGAACCUGUAGCCCAGCAAAUCAGCGUUAUGUCGCCACUGGAGAGGGAGCACUUCCAGAUGCCCCAAGCCUUGGCUGGGCACAGCACGUCGGUCUUCAAGCGUGUCUGCAAGAAGAUUUAUGGCGACAAGGGCCCCGAAGUUGUCAACGACCUGUUCACGAAUCCGUUGAACGUGGUUCCAAUUGUUCUGACCCGUAUGAAACAGAAGGACGAGGAAUGGCGCUUCUCUCAGCGUGAAUGGGAGAAGGUAUGGCAUGCUCAAGUCGAACAUAUGCAUCUCAAGAGUCUCGAUCACAUGGGUAUUCUUGUUAAGCAAAACGACAAGAGGACCCUCUCAGCUAAACAUCUCGUCGAUGUUAUCAAGACGAAGGCAGAGGAACAGAGGCGCCAGCGCAGCUUGAAAGGCAAGGCUCCGCGCCAUCAAUUGGUCUGGGACUUCUCCGACAAGAAGGUUGUCGUUGAAUUACUUCGUCUGAUGAUGCUCUACACUGUUAGCAGCGGUCAGCACAGCGUCCCGGAGAAAGAACGCAUUUCCGACUUCUUCGAGACCUUCAUCCCCGCAUUCUUUGAUAUUCCUGAGGAGGAGAUUGAUGGACGCUUGCCUAGGCUUCAGGAUGUGUCAGAAGAAGAUGACGCCGAAGAGACCGUUCCAACCGAGCUUACCAACGGCCGUAGUCGUCGUACUGGCAGAAGAGGCGAUCUGCUCCGUGGUGUACUUGACCCCGGUCGCAAUGGUUCUAAGCCUCGUGCGCAGAAGGAGGGAAGCGCAGCAUCCGGCAGCAAAGAGACAACUCCUGAAGUGGGCUCGGCCAACGAAGAGGAGAUGCCUGAUGCCCCAGAAGAUGGUGCUGGGCCUGAUGUGUCAAACGAACGCUGGAUGCCAAUCGUGCCACAACCUAUUGUGACGACGGGGGACGAUGCCCUUCUGACUGCUGAUGGCGAGCUGAAGGCCGACGGGUUCUUCUCCCGACCUUGGUACAACUUCUUCUGCAACCAGACAAUUUUCGUCUUCUUCAACGUGUUCCAGACGGUGUACACACGCCUGAGGGAUGUCAAGGAGAGCAAAGAAAGUGUUAUUGAAGAGAUCAAUCGUGUCAACCGACCACGUCCAGCGAAGGAUAUCGGCUUGGCCGACAACACCCUGAACUACUUUGGCCCAAAUGACGAUCCUUCAACGUUCUGGCCGAAGACGCUUGAGCUCGUUGAGGAAUACAUCACUGGUGAUAUCGACGAGGUUCGGUAUCAAGAUGUUCUUCGUCACUACUACUUGAAGAGCGGUUGGAAGCUAUACACCAUUCAGGACCUUCUCAAGACUCUAUGCCGGCUCGCUCUCACCUGCAGUAGCACUGACGCAAAGGAGAAGACUCCUGAUCUCAUUCAACAAUACCUUCACAGCCGUGAGAAGGACGAGACGAACUACCAAGCUGAGAUUGCUGCUCGAAAGUAUGCAGAGAAGUGUGUCAAGGACGGCGAGAUGUUCGUCAUAUGCUGGUUUCCACAAAAAUCCGAAGCCGCAGUCCGUUGGCUGCAGCGCGAAGAUACAACGUUCUACAUGGAUGAGAUGAAGGCCAAGGACCGUUGGCAAUACUAUAUCUCAUCAUUUAUCCAAGUGGAGCCAACAGAAGGUGUGCCUCGCCAUAAGCUUCAGAAAACAGUUCUGGCACGCAACCUUCCCUCUAGCGACGAGAAGUUUGAGGAUAGCCAGAUUCCAAAGCCUAUCUCUUUCGACGAAGAUCUUUCCAUCAGCAUUUGCCUCAAUUCUAGUAAGAUGGUAUGGAAGGCCGGCACGUCUGAAUACUUCGUCUACGACAAUGUUCCCAACGAUAAGGAAAGCCGCGAACGACACCUCGAGAGACUCAAGAACGCAAGCAACAAGCGCGAUACCAAGCUCCGUGAGAAGUUCGUCUUCAACAGUCCUUGGAUGAAAGGCAUGAACCAGGCCGAUGUCCAGAAGUUAAAUGAGGGCUGGUCGAAAUGGCUGAAGGAGGGUACAGUCCCUUCUUCCGAUGUCGGAGAGGCAAUGGACACCGCAGAGUGAAACUGCGCUCGGCGGCGUACGUUGUUACUCAGGGACCAUACCUAGCCCCAAGGCUCACGCAAUGACGGCAGUGGGAUUUGCGGGAUGGACACGGGGGUGACGAAGACUGAGAAUUCAC